CGAACACCUUUGUGGGUUGGACCAUUUUAAUUUAAACUUAGAAUUUGAGUAUCCUAUGACCCUUUGUGUUUUUUGAAAAAAUGCGUAAAGGACCUACGAUUGUGACUGUCAGUAGCGGUCAAAGUGGUAUAAGUUGUUGCUGUUGCCGGUGUUGUACGUGUCUACAGCUGCAUGUUCUGAAAUCCGAACCAGGAGUCAUCAAAUUGGCAGAAAUCAUUUUGGGAUUUUUUUGCCAAAGCCUGGCCCUGAAUUUUGGAGCAAACUAUGCAGCAACAAUUGGUACAUCGUUCCAGUCAUUCCUAACUACAGCCUCUUGGUGCCUCUUGACUAGCUUUUUACUAUUACUCUGCUAUGUUUUUUCACAAAAAUCAUUCAGCCUCCUGAGGUCAUCCCUAUUCGAGACACUAUUCAAUGGUGUGGCAUCUUUCAGCUACAUUACUUCUUGUUCAUAUCUGGGAUGGGCCGUAAAUAUGUUUCUUCAGCCAAUGUAUGUUGUUACACCUUAUUUCCAAGUUUAUCCAGCGAUGAGCGCAGCUUAUAUGGUCGGAACAUUCCUUGGACUUGUUUACGGAUACGAUGCCUAUAAAGCUUAUAAAUAUUUUCAAGGGUUCAGAUAAUAAUAAUUGUGAAAUGCCUUCACGUUUACAAUGACAAAUUCAAACGAAUGAUGUGUUUGUUGCUAGUCAGAAU